CUCCCAGCUCUAGAGUCUAGACAGCCACAGGCAGGAGCUCCACGAGUCCACGUGACCUCAGACCUCACACAUUCACAGUGUCACGCUGCCUCAACGUCAUGUCUCUCCUCGCCUCCCCCACGCCGUUCGGCGUGACCGCCAUCCGCCGCCGCGUCGCCCCGCUUCCUCUCCUCCCUGCUGGCGGUCGCGCCGCCCUGCACGUGGCCCUCGCGCGCCGCGGCGGGGUCUCGUCCCGGACGCAGCGGCGCCUCGAGGAACGAGGAGGCAAGAAGCGCCGCGGUGGGGUCGUGGCGCCCGACGUGGACGAGGACGCGGCGGAGGCGGGGGUGGCUGAGUGGGAAGGGGAGCCGCUGGGGUUCGAGGUGUCGACGGAGCCCAUGCCGCGGCUGCCAGACCCGGAGACGCCCGACUUCUGGGAGGGACCUCAGUGGGAGGCCCUCGGCUUCUUCGUGCAGUACAUGUGGGCGUUCGGCGUCGUCUUCGGCCUCAUUGCUUGCGGUGUCGCUGUGGCCACUUACAACGAUGGUGCAACAGAUUUCAAAGACACGCCUGCUUACAAGGAGUCCCAAUCACAGGAGUUCCCUGAGGAGUCAGAAUCAUCAAGCGCUGAUGUGUUUGAAGGCAAUCCGACUGAGGUAGCACCAGCUCUCGAGUAGGACUAUCAAGGAGGCACGGGAGAAAAGUUGUCUCUCGAUUCAAGCUAUAGCCUAUAGGGCUUCGCCUUCGCAAUAUAGAUGCAAAGGUUUGGUUGAUGAUGCUAAGAAAAUUGGCUGGUAAUUAUUUUGUACUGAAUUUUCCCUUAGAAUUAAAUAUAGAUGGCUAGUGUCUAGUGGUGAUAUGAUGGGAUUCGUCUGUAUUAUUCUUCCAAACAGUGGGGGGCAAAAGAAAGAGAGCAAGCAUUGCUGUCUAUCCUGUAUUUUGCAUUCAUCAUGCCCCUAUGAUGGCUUUUGGCACUUAGUCCAGGGGAAAUGUAUAAUUCAACACAAAUACAUUCUGUACCGGCACAAUCCAUAAUUAAGGAACAUGUAGCAUUAUCAGAUU